AUGUAUCGCGUAGACGACGCCAAAAUGUCUGAUGCGCAAUUUGGUGCGAUCACUUCUGGGUAUUCAGAAUGUCCACCCGCCGCAGACGGCAUGGAGCGUUUCGCAUGCCCUACGCCUGACCGGCAAGGGCGUUACCGCUGCAUUGACGACCACGUACUCUGCGAUGGCUUCAUUGACUGUCCCAGCGGCGAGGAUGAAGAUCGACAGGCAUGCAUGUUCUAUAAAACGACAAAAGCCCACUUGGAUGUUCUGGCUGACGCGCUGUUGCGAUGGGCGCGCGGCCGUUAA